AUGGGCCCCCUGCUAUCAGAAAAACCUGUUCAUACUCUCGUUCUGGAUACAGGACCGAUUAUCAAGAAUGAGCCCGCAGUAUCUACCCUGCUAUCUCAAGCAGAGAUUCUAGUAACGACGCCUGCAAUAAUAUCGGAGAUCCGGGAUUCAACUACAAGAAAUCGUGUCCAGUCUACCCUACUACCAUUUCUAACGCUACGAGAGCCAAGUCCAGCCAGUAUCAAAGUCAUCACGGAUUUUGCCCGCCGAACUGGAGACCUGUCUGUGUUAAGCAGACCAGAUAUACAGAUCCUUGCCCUCGCAUAUGAGCUCGAGUGCGAACGCAACGGUGGAGACUGGCGGCUGAGGAGCGUUCCCGGCCAAAAACGCACAAAUGGGCCUCCUCCAAGCAAGAAAUCCGAGGCCGCAACAACACUUACCGAAGAACUGUCUCAGGAUAUAGCCUCUGGCGCCGGGAAUCAAACUCUCGAUCCUGCACAAGAAGCUAUCAGCGAACCUGCAAUCGCACCGGAAGACAUGUCACAUGACCUGAAUACAUCAGAACCGACAGACAAUAUCAGCAAAGCACUCGCAGAUACGCACAUAUCGGACCUACCGGAGGCACAGGAAUCUAACGAGUCUAGCGAGCCCAACGAUCCGAAAGAGCCCGAAGAGCCUGUAAUAGCAGACGGUCAACCACCAGAGGAUACAGCAGCAGACGCACCAGCGCCGCCCGUCCAAUCUCCCGACUCCAAAAGCCAAAGCACGCCAUCGAGGCCAGACUCCGACUCCGACUCCGAAGGUUGGAUAACGCCCUCCAACAUCAAAAAGCACCAAGACCGCGACAGUCUCUCCACCACAUCAUCAACCCCCGAGCCCAAAACCAUGCAAGUCGCGACCAUCACCACCGACUUCGCCAUGCAAAACGUGCUCCUCCAGAUGAACCUGAACCUGCUGUCGCCGAAGCUGCAGCGCGUCAAGCACCUCAAGACCUUCGUGCUGCGCUGCCACGCCUGCUUCAACGUCCACAAAGACAUGAGCAAGCAGUUCUGCGCGCGGUGCGGGAAGCCCACGCUUACGCGUGUGGCCUGCUCGACGAACCAGAAUGGCGAGUUCGUCAUGCAUCUCAAGCGGAGUAUGCAGUGGAAUACGCGCGGGGAUAGGUAUAGCAUCCCGAAGCCUGUGGCUGGAUCCGCGAAUGGGAGGGUUAGUGGAGGUGGUAAGGGCGGCUGGGGCCAGGGUUUGAUUCUGGCGGAGGACCAGAAGGAGUAUGUCAAGGCUGUGGACCAGGAGAAGAGGGUCAGGCAGAGGGAUCUCAUGGAUGAAGACUAUUUGCCGUCAAUCUUCACGGGGGACAGGCAGAGGGCUGGAGGAAGGCCGAAGGUGGGGGCUGGGAGGAAUGUCAAUUCGAAGAAGAGAUAG